AUGAACGGGGCCUUUGUCUGGACUCUGCAGAUCCUGGUCCCUGUAGACCAGCUGAGGGGCUGCAGCCUGUUGAGUCCAGCAGCAGCAGAUAAUCCGGAUCCGUCAGCAGGUGUGUCUCUGACCGGAUUAAAGUGUUGAAGGUGAGAGAGCGGCAUGUCGAGCGGUGACCCCCAACAGCAGCUCAGAGAUGACACACACACACACACACACACCCACGCACACACACACCUCCUCUGUGUAUGUGUGUGUGUGUGUGUGUGUGUGUCCCAGCUCCUCUCUCAUGGAGCCUCGUGGAUUUGUUUACAGUGAAUAGGGAGGCUGGGGGCCCUCCAUUCAUUAAUAUACAGUGAGGAUUUGAGAGAGAGGGAGGGAGAGAGAGAGAAACAGAGAGAGAGAGAGAGAAAACACCAAAAAAAGAAGAAAUCAAAGUCUUAAAGAAGAGGAGAAACACACACAGACACACACACUCUGAUAUAUGAUGUUUAUUAUUUAUUUGUUCUUCAUAAAAAAAGGUCCAAAGUUCCUGCUGGGGGGGGGGGGUCAUUUAUUCUGUAAGAGGAAAAAAAGAAAGAAAGAAGAAGGAGAGAAGGAGAGAAGGGGGGAGAGGAGGAGGAGGAGGAGGAAAAAAAAUCAUCCCCAAGUACAACAAGAGCCGAACAGUUAGUGCUGAUUUUCAUUUGCAUAAAUUUUCAUAUAUUUUAGUGAAAAUAAUAGCGCGAGCCGAGGAGGGCUGCAGCUCAGUCGAGGCGGAGGGAAGGAGAAAAUCUUCGGGAGCAGAGGAGUCGGUCCACGGACACGGACGGGAGCGUUACCACGCUGCUGCUCCUCCACGAAGUCACCAGGAUUUCCUCCUUUUUCACGGACUGAAGGUAAGUCCUCCUCCUCCUCCUCCUCCGACAUGUCUGUCUCUAAACUAGGAUUUUUCUGCUCCUUCACUCUCUCUCUUCUUCUCUGUAACUCUCACUUUAAACUCGGACUCUUUCUUUCCUCUUUUUUUCUGCGUCAGAAUCAAUAUCGCGCCGCGCGUCUGUUUUUUUUAGCGCGCAGAUGGAUGAGCUGAGCUGUUUUGUAGUGAAUGUCCACCGAAGAAAAGUGCAAUCAAUCACGAUUUAAGCAGCCAGAGAGAGAGAGAGAGAGAGGGGGAGAGAGAGAGCGAGAGAGGGAGAGCGAGAGAGGGGGAGAGAGAGAGAGAGAGAGGAUCCUCCAGAGGGACCGCGUAGGAAGGUGUGAUAUGAAAUCAUUUCAAACAAAUAUCGAUCUGGAAAGUUUGUUUAAAGUUUACGCGCCAGCUUCGAGGUCCUGAACUCAUCCACUCAUCCACUCAUCAUCCACUCAUCAUCCACUCAUCAUCCACUCAUCCAUCCAUCUCAGGUUUCUGCAGGUCCUGAGAGUCCACCUCCGUGGAUCUAUCACACAUUAACCCGGGUCCGGGCUGGUUUUCGGUCUCCUUUCUCACGGGUUAACUCCUCUCCCCUGAAUGAAGCAGCAGCGCAUUACUGAGCGCUGCGCUCCGUCUCCAUGGUGAGCCAUAAAAGAGGGAAACACUGGGCGCAUUAAAGCUGUAUGUUUGUGCACUGGAGUCGAGAUGAAGAAGAAGAAGAAGGAAAACCAGGAGGAGGAGGAGGAGGAGGAGGAGGAGAGCAAAAGACAGACCUGAGGUUUAAAUCCGAGAAAGGAGAGUUCACUAAAAAAAAACUAAAAAUAAAAAUAAAAACUAAAAAACAGAAAAAGAAGAAGAAGGAGGAGGAGGAGGAGAGGAGGAGAAAUUUAACUCUCAGCUUCACUUAAAGUCAUAAAACAUUUAAUUUUUAAAUCCUCUUCAAACCAAAUUCACAUUUUCUUCAUUUUCAUCAUAAAAUUAAUCAGAUCAGUCAUAAUAACCGGCAGGUGUCGCUCUCACUCGGCCCGUAAAAACCUAAAAUCCUCUAAAAUUCAUCUCAACUCUCCUUAUUUUACCGCUAAAUUCCUGUUUUUCUGCGUGACUUCGUCGUUUCUUUUGCGCCUUUUAGGACCUCCUUAAACUGACUUUAAAGGUUCAUUCCGUAAAUUUAGAGGCCUCCAACGACAGGAGGAUGAAGAGAUCAGAUCAUAGACGGACUCCUGGGCUCCGUCUAUACUCUGGAGUUAAUGAAGCAGAUUCUCCUUAACUGAUAGAAACAGAUUUGAUUCCUCGCGCAGGAUCAUUCUUCUUCUAUCGAUCAGCCAAUCACGUGACAGGCAGAUCUGGUGGGAUUAGUUCUGCAGCUCCUCACCGUUUCUCCUCCUCCUCCUCCUCCUCCUGGACCUGCUCCGUUUUCUCCCUGGAAGCAGCAGGAGGAGCAGGAGGCCGUUUAUUGAGUCCUGCGGGAGGAGAAGAGGAGGUGCGUGUUUACAAACCCUAAACAGACUCUAGAAAGGAUCAGAAAGUAUGCGGGUUUAUGCGGGUUUCCAUUAAAUUGAGACUCUUAGAGGAGGAGAAAAGCCUCCUUCUCUCCUUCCCUCCCCUCCUCUCUCCCCCAUAAAGCCUCCCCCUCACGCUCUCAUCACUUUGAUUCAUGGAUUUAUGACACCUGACGUGCAGAUGGAUGUCAGCUCUGAAGGUGUGUGUGUGUGUCUGUGUGUGCGCGCGCGUGUGUGUGUGUUAAAUUCGUUUUAAUUACGCCUCUGCUGAAGUUGCCGAUGGGCCUUUAUAAUUUAUUUUCUCCCCCUCCCUCCCUCCCCCCUUCCUCCCCCUUUUGGGUCCAGCCGCUGAUCCGAGUCGACAUACGUUAAGUGCGCGCGCACGUGGGUCCAAACGUCGAUGUAAAGCCGAGUCUAAGUCUGAUCUCCGAAUCAUAAUGUGUGUGUGUGUGUGUGUGUGAGGUUAAUGACAUGAGCACACACACACACACACACACACACACACACACACACACACACACACACACACACACACACACACACUUUAUUAAUAUGAAUAAAAGUCAGAUAUGGACUCUGUAAUUGGCCUCUAUUACCCAGCAUGCAAAUGGGCUGACAUGUGGAGGGUUAUCAGAGCUGAUCUUAUUGAUUAUGGAUCAAAAAUCAAUAUCUGAAUUUGGCCUAAAACAACAAGAUGAGAGUGGAGUCAGUUUUUAUCAGCAGAUGAUUUUAUGACAAAUAUAUUUGGAUUUUUAUAAAACAGGUAAACGGACCGGAACCCGGGUCAGAACCACACGUAUGAUCACAGGACUUUAGGACCAACCUUCAUUCAGCAGGAGAGUCAGAGGAGAGUCAGAGUGAGCUCCGAAUCAAGAGAGAGAGAGAGAUCUAACAAAAUAAAAGCUCGGAGUGGAGUUCAGCUGUGUGGAUUUAAAUAAAGAUAAAUGAAAAAAAAAACAAUUUAAAAUAAGAUUUUAAUUAUUUAUAAUAAAAUAAAAUUAUUUAAAACUAUAUUUAAUGGUUUAAAAUAAUAUCUAAAUCAUUGGAAAUAAUAUUUGAUAUUCUAAAAUAAAAUCUAAAUAUUUAAAAUAAUAUUUAAAGUAUUUAAGAAAAUAUUUAAUUGUUUAAAUAAAUUAAAAACUGUUAAAAGUUUUCGUUUAGGGGCAGAAACAGGUCACCGUACUUUCAAAAUAAAACUCACAUCAGAUCAUUUUCAGUCUAAAGUUUCAGUUUUUAAAAUACACACAUUUACACACACACACACACACACACACACAGGAGAGUGACGACAGAUCUGCAGAGAGAAGAUGAAGGGGUGGGGGGGGGGUCACCUGUCAGCGUGAAGCUUCAGCUACCCCCCCACCACCACCACCUCCACCCUUCAUCGCCCCUCCCCCCUUUACUCCUCACACACAAACACGCAGAUUUAAAACACAGCAGCGUGGACCUCCUCUCUCUCCUCCACCACCUCCUCUCUCUCCUCCUCCUCCUCCUCCUCCUCCAAACAAACAGUUAUUAGAGUUGAUGUAAACCCGCUGCUCCUCUCUCUUUCUAAUUAAAACUGAUAUUCUCUUAUUAAGUCGUCAUUAAUAAAUAAACUGACACUCGCGCAGCAGCAGCAGCAGCCGCCACUGAGCACGUCUCCACGCCAUCCGUCCAUCCGUCCGUCCGUUUCUGUUUUUGUUUGUUAAACAGUGGCGUUCCCCGAGGAUACGGGGGGGGGUGGCGGCGGCGGUGUUGGGGGGGUUUGCGGCCCCCCCUGCCCAGGAUUACAUUAAUCAAAGUAUUUAUUUCCCUCGGGGAGCCGGGCGCAAAUCACUCCAAAUCCCAGUAAAAUUGGAUAACAGAGGAACGGGCGCAUCUCGGGUAACCCUCCCGUGUUUCCCCCCUCGCUCGUUUCGCCAACUUAAUGGAUCCAGUUCUAUCUAACUUUGAGGUACGGAGGCCUUUGAGAAGACAAACAACAUAAUUGGAUGGAAGCGAGCGCUCAGGUAGAGAGAGAGAGAGAGAAAAAACAACACUAACCACAUCCCUGUACAAAUAACAACCAUUCUCUGAUUCCCUGUCGAGCCCAGAGCGGCGAGCGGCCCCCGGCCCCCGUCUGGGCCCCAGCCAGCAGCAGCGAGGGGGGGGGGGGGGGGUGAGAGAAUCGAGCCUCUAAGAUCCUCCAUCUGCAGCAGCAAAGCCGCCCGCUAAGUCCGGUCAAUCCAUCGCCAAAGCCACGACAAACGGGAAAACUGCGGAUUCCGUCUUUGCUCUGUUUGCGGAGUCAUUACGGCGCCAUGUUUGGGCAAAGCCCGACUGGCGAAUAAAUCAGCUGAUGUUUACAGCGGAGCGCGCUCUGAUAAGGCCAUAAAUACGGCGCCCCAAUAUGGCGCCUAUUACAGGUAAUGCAAAUAAAAUAAUAGGGCAGUAAUUCCUCCGCUCUUUGAUAUUCAUGAGAGGAAACGCCGUCUCCGGGUCUUUAUGGGCGCAAAUUCAGCCCCGCUGCCGCCGCCUUCGUCCCAAUCAGGGAUAAAUGAUGGCCUGAAACACACACACACACACACACACAAACACACACACACACACACACACAAACACACACACACACACACACACACACACACUGAAAUUCGAGCUAUUGCGUGUUUGUAGACACAUGCUUCCACACACACUUUUGCUGCCACGCAUGCUGGGGGGUACGAGGCCUCGAUGGAGUCGCCUUCGGGGUCCUGACUCAGAGCCAGACCUCUCAGGGCGCCGCCGCCGUGGGGUUUCAAACACGCACUCCGAGUGCAUAUGCAGGAAAAAUUCCACUUGUAGAGCGUCGAAAUCUGCAGGAUUGGCCUCGAGAGUGUCAGUGGGAGUGUGUUUAUGUGUGUGUGUGUUUAUGUGUGCGUGUGUUUAUGUGUGUGUGUGUUUAUGUGUGUGUGUGUUUAUGUGUGUGUUCAUGUGUGUGUGUUCAUGUGUGUGUUUAGUAUCUGCGUGUGCAGGUGUGUUGUUGACAGUGCGGCGGCGGCGGUUCAGCCUCAUGAACACGAGUCUGUCUGAUGAUCCGUGAUGUUCAGUAAAUGAGCAGAAAAUCUGUUGGGACCAGUUUGACUGAAUGGAUGUCAAUAGUAAAAAAAAUAAUUAUAAUAAUUAUCAUUAAACGCUCGUUAGAUCUCAGAGUUCUGGUCCAAAUGAACCCGUACUGGGACCUCGCCAUCGUUGUUUUUUCAGCUCUCACAAUGUACAGUAAACUGUGUGUGUUCGCUUCCAUUGACCUCCAUCUAUUGUUGUGCGAUAUUAACAUCUUUAUUUUCUACUAUUUAACUUUAAUUUAGUUAAUAAACUAAAUUAAAGUUUGUUCAGAGUUUGAUUUAAUUUCAGUUUCACUGUCCUGAAUCCUGAAGAUUCAGUCUCAUCCUCUUCGUUGAACCAUUGACUUCCAUGAUUUGAACAUUUUCAGUAACCUUGUUUAUCCACCAUUGACCUAAACCACACAGUCAAAGUCAACAGCUGCAGAUGGACUAAUAUUCUCUGGUUUGUCAAAUUUUAAAGGAUUAAGGAAAGUUAAAUUGUAGAAAAUAAAGACGUUAAUAUCAUACAAGAAUAAAUGGAGGUCAAUAGGUACAUUUGAAAAAGGUCUUCAAAUAACAAACAUGCAUUUUAGUAACUAAGUGACCCUACUUUUCCAAAAUAAAAGUCAAUGUGCUCUUUUUGAAUAAAUAAGAAAUAAUGUGACUCGUGUCUCAAUGUCAUUGAAUAUAUUCUAUAAUUCGUUUCCAUUGACUUCAGGUCGUCUGAAAGUUAUUGUCCUGAAGAUUCAGUCUAAUCCUCUUUGUUGAACCGUUGACGUCCAUUUACAGAAAUGUUGUUUCGGUCAAUGGUUAUAAUGUGUGACAACAACAUUUACUGAAAAUGUUUUAAUCGUGGACGUCAAUGGUUCACUAAAGAGGAUUAGACUGAAUCUUCAGGACGAUGAAACUGAAUUUGAAUCAAACUCUGAACUCAAAAAGUUACCCAGUAACUUUCAGACGACCUGAAGUCAAUGGAAGCAAAUUAUAGAACGGACACGUUCACAUUAUUUUCUGAUCUACUCAAAAAGUGCACAUUGACUUUUAUUUCGGAAAAGUAGGGUCACUUAGUUUCUAACUUCAUUAUUUGAUGACCGUUUUCAAAUGUACCCAUUGACCUCCAUUUGGUCCAAUAUUAAAAAGAAAUCCAGGGAUUCAUGAGAUUUUCUGUUAACUGAGUUUUCUCCUGGUUUGGUUUUUUGAGUUCCUGUUCCCCUGUAGUCCAGUCUUGUGAGUUUUCAGUCCUUUAUUUACUUGACUCAGUUUUCGGUGUUUACUUCUUGUUUUUUUAUUAUCACUCAUGAGUCUCACCUGUGUCUCGUCAGCCUCACCUGUUGAGUCUCUCUGUGUUUUUCCCUCCUGUACCUUCUUUUUGGAUUUUACUCCUCUUCUUCUUUUUUCUUUUUCUGGAUUUUUCUCUCGGACGUUUUCAAAGUGAGUUUUUACUGAAGUUUUCUUGAAUAAAUCCUUAGUAAUCCUUUUUCCGUCCUUUUGUGUAUCAGUCGUGACAAACCUCUUAAAAGAUCUCGAACUCGAAAGUUGAUUGAAGAUGUUUUCAUAAUUUAAUUCUAUUUUUGGAAAAUAAAAGUCAAUGGAAGUAAAAAAGGAAAAAUGUGAAAUCUGAGAAAUAAACAGACAACACGCUCAUUGAUUUCCAUUUUUACUAAUAAAUGAUCAGAAAGUAAACGGUACCAAAACACACGUGUUUAUUUUCUUAAAUUUACAGAUUAAUUAACAUUUGGUCUAAUUGUGAUUGGAAAUCAAUGGCUGUUUGCAAAACAUAGAAGUAUGAUCUAGAGCUCGGGGAAAUAAACGGAAAACCUGAUAAAUAAUUCUGAAUGUUAUUAACCAUCAUCUGAAAUUGAACAAAAUGUGUCCGUUGACUUCUAUCUUCUGAAUCACUGAAACCUGAAACACUUUUACAUGUUUGACCAAUUUUUAAAAAUUGACCCAUUGACUUUUUAUUUUUGUCUUACUUAUGGAUGGAAAUGAAUGGCAGUUUGGCAAAAAGCAUUCAUCAUGAUGAAACAGGAACUGUUUAAUGAGUUAUUGAACAUGUUUUCCCAGAUCUGAACAAAAGUCAACGGCAGACAGACUCAAACAUUACAAAGUUUGAGAAUUUUUACUCAUUGAAACCCAUUUCUUCUGGGACUUGUUGGUGCGGAUAUGAACGCUGUCAUGUUCUUGUUAUAUUUGUUUGAAAUACACCCAUUGACUUUAUUUUUGUCUGACUUAUGGAUGGAAAUGAAUGGCAGUUCGGUAAAAAGCACUCAGCAUGAUGAAAUAGAAACUGUUGAAAUGAAUGGAAAUCAACGGAACUGUUAAAUUCUUCAUCUUGGAUUUGCAAAAUGUCGUUAAUGUUUUCGUGAAUUUGUCGUUCGGCUGCUCAGACUCGUAAACACGAGGGUCCGGUCUGUGAAAAGUCCUCUUGGGGGGGCCCCCUGUUGGCCCCAGGGACCCCUGUAUGAGCUGAUUCAGGCUGUCCCUGUAAACUCAGGAGUAAACUCAGGGCAUCUGUGGCUCUAAACUCCAGAGUGGCGUUUUCCUGCAGUGGUCGGCGGUGGCUGUUGUUGAUGAUAUGCGGCGGUGGCGGCUGACAUGUGCUAUUCAUCGGCGAGCUUGUGUGGUCACGUUCGGUCGUGAUUCAUGGCGGCAUUAUGCGAGCCGGACGCUUAUGGCACCUCUCCCUGUUGCCGCGCAGUCGGGCCCAUUUGUUUGGAAAUGAGUUUACAUACGUCUUCUUCCAAACGACCACGACCCCCCCGCCCCCCGCCUCCCUCUCUCUCUCUCACACACACACACACACACACACACACAGGCACACACACACACACACACACAGACUGGGAAGACUGGGAGCCACAAACGUGCCGCACAGAGGGAGGACUGUUGGUCCGUCAGUGAGGUUCUGGUUCUGGAGGUGCAGCUGGUUCCUGUAGAGGUCCACCGCAGCUCCAUUUCCCCUCCUGACCUUUGACCUUUCCACCACGCCGCCUCAAACGGCGUCUCAGGACUUGAUUUCCUGACAUGUAAUAACUGCAGAGUCUCUGACCCUGGUCCAGACUCUCUGCUUCACAGAGCUCAGCCCCACCCCUCCCUCACCCCUAAGGCCCCGCCUCCUCAACCUCAGCCCCCCCACUCCAGCCUAGCGUGAGCUUUCGAUCUGAGCAGCAUCACAAAAACAGCUUUAGGAGGAAAACGUUGUCAGACGCCCUGAAUUCUGACUGCAAGGAGAAAGAGUUAAGCCCUGAUAGUCAGGACUCAGGGCUGAACUCUGUCUCCUUACAGUUAGGACUCAGGGACCUAAAUCUGUCUCCUUAAACCAGAUUUAAUUAAACCCUGAAUUCUGACUGCAAGGAGAAAGGGUUAAGCCCUGAUAGUCAGGACUCAGGGCUGAACUCUGUCUCCUUACAGUCAGAACUCAGGGAUUAACUCUGUCUCCUUACAGUCAGAACUCAGGGCUUAACACUGUCUCCUUACAGUCAGGACUCAGGGCUUAACACUGUCUCCUUACAGUCAGGACUCAGGGACCUAAAUCUGUCUCCUUAAACCAGAUUUAAUUAAACCCUGAAUUCUGACUGCAAGGAGAAAGAGUUAAGCCCUGAUAGUCAGGACUCAGGGCUGAACUCUCUCUCCUUACAGUCAGGACUCAGAGAUUAACUCUGUCUCCUUAUAGUCAGGACUCAGGGACCUAAAUCUGUCUCCUUAAACCAGAUUUAAUUAAACCCUGAAUUCUGACUGCAAGGAGAAAGGGUUAAGCCCUGAUAGUCAGGACUCAGGGCUUAACUCUGUCUCCUUGCAGUCAGGACUCAGGGCUGAACUCUCUCUCCUUACAGUCAGGACUCAGAGAUUAACUCUGUCUCCUUACAGUCAGAACUCAGGGCUUAACACUGUCUCCUUACAGUCAGGACUCAGGGACCUAAAUCUGUCUCCUUAAACCAGAUUUAAUUAAACCCUGAAUUCUGACUGCAAGGAGAAAGGGUUAAGCCCUGAUAGUCAGGACUCAGGGCUUAACUCUGUCUCCUUGCAGUCAGGACUCAGGGCUUAACUCUGUCUCCUUGCAGUCAAGACUCAGGGCUUAACUCUGUCUCCUUGCAGUCAGGACUCAGGGAUUAACUCUGACUCCUGACAGUCAGGACUCAGGGCUUUACCCUGUCUCCAUAAGACAGAUUUAAUUAAACCCUGAAUUCUGACUGCAAUGAGACAGAGUUAAACCCUGAGUCCUGACUGUUAGGCAGCAGUUAUACCCUGAGUCCUGACUGUAAGGAGACAGGGAUGGAGCCCUGAGUCCUGACUGUAAGGAGACAGGGUUAGAGCCCUGAGUCCUGACUGCAGGGACACAGACAGUGAGAGCUCUGAGGCCUCUCAGCUGAACCCCCUCCUGCUCUGGUUCUGGUUCUGGUUCUGGUUUUUAAAUGAGUUUCUGUUUUACUUUGAAGGGAAAUCAUCAGUCCAGAAAAACGCUGACUCGUGAGCGGAGAACAAUAGGACUUUGUUGGUCAACCAUGUUGGAAAAUUGCCUCAGCAUGGACUGUCAGGUCCAAUAUCGCUCUGGGGUUCUGGUGUUCAGUCAGAACCGGCCCGUCCUUCCAGAGAGGGGAUGUUGACUCAGGUUUUUCUCUUUAAACCAGCAGGAUCAGCUGAGCCGGUCCUGUUUGGAGUUUACGGUGGGACUCAGAACCAGAACCAGAUCAGAGGGAGGACAUGAAGAGGACAUGAGGAGGACAGGACAGGACGUGAGGAGGACACGAGGAGGACAGGAGGAGGACAUGAGGAGGACAUGAGGAGGACAUGAGGAGGACAGGACAGGACGUGAGGAGGACACGAGGAGGACAGGAGGAGGACAGGAGGAGGACAUGAGGAGGACAUGAAAACGUGAGGAGGACACGAGGAGGACACGAGGAGGACAUGAAGAGGACACGAGGAGGACAGGAGGAGGACAUGAGGAGGACAUGAGGAGGACAGGAGGAGGACAGGACAGGACGUGAGGAGGACAUGAGGAGGACAGGAGGAGGACAGGAGGAGAACGUGAGGAGGACAUGAGGAGGACAUGAGAACACGAGGAGGACAGGAGGAGGACAUGAGGAGGACAUGAAGAGGACACGAGGAGGACAGGAGGAGGACAGGAGGAGGACAGGAGGAGGACAUGAGGAGGACAUGAAGAGGACACGAGGAGGACAGGAGGAGGACAGGAGGAGGACAGGAGGAGGACAUGAGGAGGACAUGAGGAGGACACGAGGAGGACAGGAGGAGGACAUGAGGAGGACAUGAGGAGGACAUGAGGAGGACAUGAGGAGGACAGCGUUUAAAGGUCAGUGUUCAUGUGACCAUAAAUAGAAGCAGUGGGCGGAGCUUUGAUGACAUCACAGAGUCUGUCAGCUGUUAUUUUUCACAUAGUAGAAGUUACAGUCGUCGUAUUUAGCCAAUCAGAAUCAUUUUAGCUGAUACAGAGUUUAUGGAAAGUGGGCGGGGCUUGUUAUUUUAGCGCUGACCUCAUAUUCGAACACGACAAACGCUGGAAACUCUGCUGUGACGUCAUUUUCAGCUCCGACAUCUGACUUCCGAAGUAACUCAAACGCAGCGUAACGUCUCUAUCUCCUCAGCGGUCACUAUGGUAAAAACCUGUCAAUCACAGGUGGCCCCGCCUCCUCACAUGCCGUAUGAUGUCAUAGACUUUCAUGGUUGUGAGGAUGGAGGAGACAGAGAUCAUGAAGGAGGUCUGAACUCCCCCUGCUGCUCGCCAUGGAGACUGCAGGUCAAAGGUCAGCUUUACUCUCUCAGUGAUGAGGUCAUCCGGCGCCGGUUCAGAUCGUGUCCUCGCUCUCGUUUGUCGUCAAACUGCAGGAAACGGUGAAUUUGUUCCUAAAGUUCGUCGUCGGAGAGUCGAGUGGAAGUUCCUCUGAGCUUCAUCUGAAACGGGUGUCACCCGCUCGCUCUCUCUCUCUCUCUCUCUCUCUCUCUCUCUCUCUCUCUCUCUCUCUCUCUCUCUCUCUCUCUCUCUCUCUCUCUCUCUCUCUCUCUCUCUCUCUCUCUCUCUCUCUCUCUCUCUCUCUCUCUCUCUCUCUCUCUCUCUCGCUCUCUCUCUCUCUCUCUCUCUCUCUCUCUCUCUCUCUCUCUCUCUCUCUCUCUCUCUCUCUCUCUCUCUCUCUCUCUCUCUCUCUCUCUCUCUCUCUCUCUCUCGCUCUCUCUCUCUCUCGCUCUCUCUCGCUCUCUCUCUCUCUCUCUCGCUCUCUCUCUCUCUCUCUCUCUCUCUCUCUCUCUCUCUCUCUCUCUCUCUCUCUCUCUCUCUCUCUCUCUCUCUCUCUCUCUCUCUCGUUCUCUCUCUCUCUCUCUCUCUCUCUCUCUCUCUCUCUCUCUCUCUCUCUCUCUCUCUCUCUCUCUCUCUCUCUCUCUCUCUCUCUCUCUCUCUCUCUCUCUCUCUCUCUCUCUCUCGCUCUCUCUCGCUCUCUCUCGCUCUCUCUCGCUCUCUCUCUCUCUCUCUCUCUCUCUCUCUCUCUCUCUCUCUCUCUCUCUCUCUCUCUCUCUCUCUCUCUCUCUCUCUCUCUCUCUCUCUCUCUCUCUCUCUCUCUCUCUCUCUCUCUCUCCCUCUCUCUCGCUCUCGCUCUCGCUCUCGCUCUCUCUCUCGCUCUCUCUCGGCUCACCGCUGCGCUCUCUCCAGGAGCCGCCUGUCAAUCACGGCGUGUAGGCGGCGGCGGCGGCUCCUGGUUUGUCCCUUCACUUCCUUCCUCUCUGCCUGACAUUUGAGUUUCCCUUCGCUGUUUUUUCCCCGCCUGUUAGCAGGGGCAGCGCCGCUUAUGCUGACUCGCCUGUUCUUCUUCUUCUUCUUCUCCUGCUUCCUCCAAACAAACUGAAAACACAUCAUGUUCCCGCUGAACGGCCGCCAGACACAAACUGUUCAGAGAGCGAGCGAGAGAGCGAGCGCUCACGGACUCGCCGCGGGCCGCAGGAUGUCGGCAAAUAUUUACACAAAUCUGUUUUUUUUGGCGAGUAAAAAGGAGACGUCAGGGAGGAUAAUCUCAGGUGGAGGAGCGUUCAGGUUAGAGAGGAGGGGGGAGGAGGAGGAAGAGCCGAGAGAAAGAGAGAGAGAGGGAGAGGGAGAGGAAGAGAGACGGGAACUCCGAUUUAAUCUGAAAACACCAACGUCUUUUCACAGCACUGAUUUAUUCUGGACACACAGAUUAUUAAUCUGAUCGAUUCUCUAUGUUCCCAGAAGGAUCAAUCAAUGUGUAUCUAUCUAAUCCAUUUCUACAUCUGAACCUGUAAACACAAACGAACCGACAGGAAGAACCAGGAUUAUUUUCACUGUCAUUAAAUCCCUGAAAUAAUCCGGGUUUGAAUGUUUUUAAUCCAGGUUUGAAUAAUUCGGUUGAUGGAGUAAAACUGAGUUUACCUGCACAGUUUCCUCCAGAUUAAAGUGAAAAUCAGACUCAAAAUGUGGUCAAAGAUUAAACAAUUUAAUCCAGAUUAAACAGUUAAAACAGUUUAAUCCUAAUUUCACAGUUUUAACUGUUUAAUCUGGAUUAAAUAACAGAUGUUUAAAUAUUUGUGUUUUUAAAGGAGCGCCGUCCCGAUCCUCACGUCUGUUUUUCUCUUUGUCUUUUUCCUCUUUUAGGAGAGCCACAGUCACACACACACACACACACACACACACACACACACACACACACACACACACACUCACACACACACACCACAAACUUGGGUCCUCCGAUGA